GAGAUUUUUUUUAACCAGGCAUGGCAUCGGAGACUGACAGAAGGAUUGGGAUGGUUAAUCUUCUGGAGUAGACCUUGUAGUAAAUACUCGUAACAAAACUCCUUGCCAAGAGCCCGCCCCUAACUCACACGUGAUUAUUCAGCAAAACUGCAGCUCCACUUGAAAGAAGAUUUCUUUGCUUCCACAUAGAGAGGAACUCAUAUUAAAGCCUUUGGCCGGUUGCGAGGGGAAAUAUAUUAAGAGCUAUGCGAUAUAUGAUAUAUGUUACACGUAACAUAUAUACACGUACGUAUACCGGAGACUCACUCAGACCUGAGAUCCUGGAAGAGGACAACCCACCCUGCUCACAGUCGGCAUCUGAGCCUCAGCAGCCGCAGCUCCGAGGCAAAGUCUUCACUAUCGGGGUUCGCCCGCCGCAUGCCCCGCUCCGGGCCGGGCAGAAGGCGCGGGGCGAGACGCGCCCGGAUCUCGCUGCCUCCCUCGGCGCUCUCUCUGCCGGCGGCGGCCUCACUCCCGCGGCCUCUCCGCGGCUCCGCGAUCCGGGCCGGCGGGGGCCGCCCUGGGCGGCGGCGGCCGCGGGGCAUCCAGCGGGGCCGCGGGGCGGCGGGCGGCGGCCCGGCGGGGCGGGCUCAUGCCGUAUCCGCGGGGAGCCGAAGCCCCGCCGCUCUCGGUGCCGCCGCCGCCGCCGGUGCCGGUGCCGUCCGGGCCGGGGACGGAGGAGCCGCGGGUGCAGCGCCCGGCCCGGGGUGCCGCCGCCGAUGACAGCCGCGCUGCGUUGCGCUGCGCCGCUCCGUCCGCUCCGCUGAACGCUGCACUUGCCGCUCCGCAGAACGCUGCCUCCUCCCCGGCUCCGCGCUCUCCCUUUUUUAAGCGCAAACAAUCGCUACUUCUGUUUCCUACGGACACGAAGCCGGUUUCUCUCUCUCUCUCUCUUCCAACCCCCCCCUUCUUUUUUUUUUUUUUCUUUUUUUUAACCUCAUCAGCUUUUUUUGAAAAGGAAAAAAAUUUGAGCGCUUUUUGAGUUGAAACACCCGCCCACAUUUAACGGCAGAGAUUUAAGGAGGCGCGGCGGAGUUGCGGCUCGGCCGGGCAGGAAGGCCUGCAGCGCCCGCCCCGCCCCUACGGCCCCGCCGCUCCCCGCGCAGCGCCGCCGCGGCCAUCGCGCGGCCGGGAGAGAGGGAGGGAGAAGGGAAGGGAGAGGGCAAAAAAAAUGAAGGCGUUUUCGGCUGUUUGGGCUCCGAAGCCGCCGUGCCCCGCGGCUGAGGGCACCUGCCCCGGGAGCGGCCCGGGGCCGGGGAGAAGCUGUCCCGGCGCUGCGGGAGGCGGUGCUCCGCGGCGGCUUUUCGACUUUCCGCCGUUCGUGACGGAUUCGAAAGUGCCGUUUUGAGGGGGAACGGGCACCGAGGAGACGCGAGGGAUCCCCUCUUCCCGCAAAAGGGCCGCGGAGCAGCGGCGGCACGGUGCGGAGAUGGCAGCGCCCUUCUGACGGCGGCACUCCGUGCCCUACGCCGCUCCCGUCGCUUUACGUUUCAGGAAGCCUCGGGAGGCCGAAUUCCGCCCAAAAGAGCCCCGCGGGAGGUAAGGAGCGACGCCGCGGCCGCCCGUGGCGGGGUCUGUCAGCACCCCGCCCGCCUCUUCUCACCGCGGAGGCGUUGGCAGGAACGGCUCCACGCGGGAGGCGGCCCGGAGACGUUCGGCACCGGGGAGCUGCCGGGCGCACGGCCCUCACCGCGGCGCCCAGGCGGGGACAGACAGCGCCGGGGGCCCGGGACGCACAGCCAGCGCCUCCAGAACGAGGCAGAGUCGGCCCCGCGGUGACGGGAGGGCGCACAGCUCUGGCUGCCUCUCCCUUACGCCCCGGCUGCGUGCAGCUGCACAGUUUUCCUGCUGAGAUCCCCCAGCCGCCCCUCGUUCGUGAGUACAGAAAGGCGAACGGUAGCGAGGUGAGCAGGCUUGAAGCAGGAAAACGCUGUGCUCGGGCUACCAGCUGUCCCCGGCCACGAAACGAGGGGAAAAAGAAAGCAUGUUUAAGGGCCUCAGUACGACAGUUCCCUGUCAGAAGCAAUAGUGCAGGCAGUAUUGUUAACAGAAGUAUGAAUUAUAAUUUCCCCCCGAGAUAACCCCGGAGAUAUGUGUGUGUAUAUGUGCCACCCGUACGUUCAAGUCCAGUUGCUUUUCUGCAUGAAAAUGAAAUAAUGUGCAGCACUUCGAA